AUGCUGUCCGCCUCCAACGUCCUCCGCAAGGGUGUCGUGAGCAAGAUUGCUCCGGCCAUCACCUCCCGUGCCGCUUCAACCCAGGCUCUCUCCAAGCCUACUCUCAACAACAUUGAGAAGCGAUGGGAGGGUAUGCCCCUUCAGGAGCAGGCUGAUCUCUGGAUGGCCCUCCGUGACCGCAUGAAGGGUAGCUGGAAGGAAUUGACUGUCCAGGAACAGAAGGCCGCUUACUGGAUUGCUUUUGGUCCUCAUGGCCCCCGCGCCGUCGAUCCUCCCGGUACCAACGGCCGCAUCGCCUGGGGCGUCGCUCUCGGUGUUCUUACCUCCCUCACCAUCUUUGGCGCCAUCCGCAUGGCCGCCCGUCCUGCCCCCGCUACCAUGACACAAGAAUACCAGGAGGAAUCCAACGAGUUGUUGAAGCGCCAAAACGCCAACCCUCUGCACGGCAUCUCCUCGGAAGGCUACACCGGCAAGGGUGUCGUCCAGUCUGGCCCCGGUGGCAACUAA